GGACUAUGGCACUAUAAUGUGUUGGGCGGAUAACAAUGUUGGACAGCAAAAGGAACCUUGCGUGUUUCAUUUAAUAGCAGCGGGCAAACCUGAAAUUCCUGCCAACUGUACGGUGUUCAAUCAGACGUCAGAUUCACUUGAAGUCUAUUGUAUUGAAGGCUUUGAUGGUGGCUUACGUCAGUGGUUUCAAAUGGAAUUGUUUGAUCAACACAAUGGCAUGAUGCAGGCCAAUAUUACUUCUAAGUACCCAAUGUUUACAGUAGCAGGACUGGAUUCUGGACGAUUUUUUAAGAUUUUCAUAUAUGCAGUGAAUUUACGUGGACGUAGCGAAGCAGUGCUAAUCGAGGGUUACACAUUAAAGGCAGCUGAAAAGCAAACAGUGCAGCAGAUUGGUUAUGAUAGCUCCUCAUUGUCCAUAACAAUUGCUCUACUACCAGCAUAUUAUAGUAGUAUGAAGAAUCGUGUACCAGAUAUUAGCUUCGUUCAACAACUACAAUUUGAAGUUGUAGAUUAG